AUGAUACUUUCUCUACUGAAACAAGAUCUUCUUUUCUUUUUUUUCUCUUUUGUCUCUUUUUCUCCUUUUUUCUUUUCUCUUUUCUAUCUUCUUUUCUCUUUUUCCUCUUUCUUCUCUUCUUUUUUUUUUCUUUUGUCUCUUUUUCUCCUUUUUUCUUUUCUCUUUUCUAUCUUCUUUUCUCUUUUUCCUUUUUCUUCUCUUCUUUUUUUUCUCUUUUUGUCUCUUUUCUCCUUUUUUUUUUCUCUUUUCUAUCUUCUUUUCUCUUUUUCCUCUUUCUUCUCUUCUUCUUUUUUUUCUCUUUUGUCUCUUUUUCUCCUUUUUUCUUUUCUCUUUUCUAUCUUCUUUUCUCUUUUUCCUCUUUCUUCUCUUCUUCUUUUUUUUCUCUUUUGUCUCUUUUUCUCCUUUUUUCUUUUCUCUUUUCUAUCUUCUUUUCUCUUUUUCCUCUUUCUUCUCUUCUUUUUUUUUUUCUUUUGUCUCUUUUUCUCCUUUUUUCUUUUCUCUUUUCUAUCUUCUUUUCUUUUUUCCUCUUUCUUCUCUUCUUUUUUUUUUUUUUGUCUCUUUUUCUCCUUUUUUCUUUUCUUUUUCUUCUUUUCUCUUUUUUCCUCUUUCUUCUCUUCUUCUUUUUUUUCUUUUGUCUCUUUUUCUCCUUUUUUUUUUCUUUUUUCUUCUUUUCUCUUUUUCCUCUUUCUUCUCUUCUUUUUUUUUUUUUUCUUUUUUCUUUUUUCUCCUUUUUUUUUUCUCUUUUCUAUCUUCUUUUCUCUUUUUCUCUUUUCUUCUCUUCUUCCUUUUUUCUCUUUGUCUAUUUUCUCCUUUUUCUUUUCUCUUUUCUAUCUUCUUUUCUCUUUUUCCUCUUUCUUCUCUUCUUCUUUUUUUUCUCUUUUGUCUAUUUUUCUCCUUUUUUCUUUUCUCUUUUCUAUCUUCUUUUCUCUUUUUCCUCUUUCUUCUCUUCUUUUUUUUUUCUUUUGUCUCUUUUUCUCCUUUUUUCUUUUCUCUUUUCUAUCUUCUUUUCUCUUUUUCCUCUUUCUUCUCUUCUUUUUUUUUCUCUUUUAUCUCUUUUUUCUCCUUUUUUCUUUCUCUUUUCUAUCUUCUUUUCUCUUUUUCUUUUCUUCUCUUCUUCCUUUUUUUUUUAUCUCUUUUUCUCCUUUUUUUUUUCUCUUUUCUAUCUUCUUUUCUCUUUUUCCUCUUUCUUCUCUUCUUCUUUUUUUUUCUUUUUGUCUCUUUUUCUCCUUUUUUCUUUUCUCUUUUCUAUCUUCUUUUCUCUUUUUCCUCUUUCUUCUCUUCUUCUUUUUUUUCUCUUUUGUCUCUUUUCUCCUUUUUUUUCUUUUCUCUUUUCUAUCUUCUUUUCUCUUUUCCUCUUUCUUCUCUUCUUUUUUUUUCUUUUGUCUCUUUUUCUCCUUUUUCUUUUCUCUUUUCUAUCUUCUUUCUCUUUUCCUCUUUCUUCUCUUCUUUUUUUUCUCUUUUGUCUCUUUUCUCCUUUUUCUUUUCUCUUUUCUAUCUUCUUUCUCUUUUCCUCUUUCUUAUCUUCUUCUUUUUUUUUUUUGUCUCUUUUUCUCCUUUUUCUUUUCUCUUUUCUAUCUUCUUUCUCUUUUCCUCUUUUCUUCUCUUCUUCUUUUUUUUCUUUUUUUCUCCUUUUUUCUUUUCUCUUUUCUAUCUUCUUUUCUCUUUUUCCUCUUUCUUCUCUUCUUCCUUUUUUUUCUCUUUUUCCUCGUUCUUCUUUUGUCUCUUUCUUCUUUUGUUUUUUUUUUCCUCUUUCUUCUCUUAUCUUUUUCCGCUUUCUUUUCUUUUUCCGCUUUCUUUUUCUUUUUAUUUUUUCUCUUCUCUCUUUUCUUUCCCUUUUCCUCCUUCUGUUAA